AUGUCGGACAUCCCACCGAUUCAAACGCUCUUCGAUCUCUCCGGCAAGACUGCCCUAAUCACCGGCGGCUCUCGUGGCCUCGGCCUUCAUACAGCCACCGCCCUCCUCCUCGCCGGCGCCUCCCUCACCAUCCUCGUCUCCCGCAAGUCCGGCGGCGAGCAUGGCCUGGACCAAGCCGUCACAAGACUCAACGCCCUCCCUGGCGUGAGGGGUCGUGCCAUCGGCAUCCCCAGCAACGUCGCCGACACCAAGGAGAUUGAGAAGCUCGUGACCCAAGUGUCGGAGAUCCUGGCCAAGGACGGCAAAAGGGGCCUGGACAUCCUAGUCUGCAACGCCGGCGCCACAUGGGGCGGCCCCUUCGAGCCCACGCCGGACUGGAGCAGCCAGAAAAUCCUGGAUCUGAAUGUCCGGGGUGUUUUCAACCUGUGUCGGCUAUUCAUCCCCCUCCUCACCCUCACCGCCACGCCCUCAGACCCCAGCCGCAUCAUCACCGUCUCCUCCGUCGCAGCCACCACGGUCCCGCACACCGGCUCCUCCGGCACCAUCAUGUACGCGGCCAGCAAAGCCGCCGCCUCGCACCUCACGCGCCAACUGGCCGUCGAGCUCGCGCCCCGGCACGUCACGUGCAACACCGUCUCCCCCGGCUUCUUCCCCAGUAAGUUGGCGAAUGGGUUGAUUGAGAUCUUGGGAGGGGAGGAGGAGGUGGGGAGGAAGGGGAACCCCAGAGGGAGGUUGGGGAGGGCGGAGGAUAUUGGCGCUGUCAUGGUGUGGUUAUGCGGCAAGGGUGGUGGGUACAUCAACGGCGUGGAGAUCGAGGUGGAUGGAGGUUCUCGUUGGGCGCGUCACGGUGGGGAUGGUGCAAUGGGAGGCCCGAAGCUGUGA